CAGUCCCCUGAAACGGGCAUCAAUGUGAUUCGGUGAAUUGCAUGUCAGAGGAGCGCUUCGGAGAAGGCGUGCAACGAGCGCAACUAGCAGAGAGCACUUGUUUGCCUCACGGUCAGGCACGAUUGUAUUUGUUUUCCGGAGGUCGUCGCUUAAGUGUUUUGUAAGGUGAUCGCAGUGGUAGCCGCGAUUGGCCGUUGAACAUACUUGGCAAUGAGUUAUGCAUAAUUAUCCAAUUGAGAUUCAUAACUCUGUACAUCAGCGUGUGACUGCGCGCGUCGACUCGUGGUUUCAUUCGUAUUUUAGGUGGUAGGACCUAGCGGUCUCCGUAAUACGCUCGUGCCAGAGAUCAGCCAAGUUCUCCGUAUCUUCCCGACCAAAUGACGAGAUGUCGGCUGCUCUAUUUGCUUCUAUUAGCGGCCCUAAUGAUAAGCACAGAAGCGGCAAAGGGCGGCGGUGGUAGAGGGAGAAGCCGCGGUCGAGGAAGACUAUCCGGCAUGCGAGCGCACAUCCUAAUACCCAAUCGAAAUCCUGCGAGUACGCACUAUUACGAGAACAAGGAUGGUGCCAAGAUCGUAAAGGCGUCCCACUUCGAGUUGGAUUACAUGCUGGGUAGAAAGAUCACGUUCUUCUGUAUGGCAAUCGGUGUCCCAAGACCGGAGAUCACCUGGCUGAAGGAUGGAAUCGAGCUAUAUCAUCAUAAAUUUUUCCAGGUGCACGAGUGGCCUGUUGGUAAUAACACGAUAAAGUCGAAAAUGGAGAUCGACCCUGCGACACAGAAGGACGCCGGAUAUUACGAGUGUCAAGCGGACAAUCAGUACGCCGUCGAUCGCAGAGGCUUCAGAACGGACUACGUCAUGAUCUCGUAUUGAACGUCUUCC